AUGGCCCCCCUUGUUUUGCCAGUAUGCGCCCUGUACUUCGGGCUCUCCUCCGUCAUGUACCGCUGGCUCUUCCGGCACGUGUACUCGCAGGAGUUCGAUUGCCACGGCGGUUGGUGGCGGCAGAUGUUCAACGGCUCCAUGUUCGGGCUCCUCGGCGGCUCCCUGGCGCUCUGCGGCAUCUUCGGGCUGAACACCGCGGCGACCUCCAGGCAGUUCUACGUGAUGUGGGGACUGCCGUUGAUGGUGAUCGCCUUCCACUGGGUCUGCAACUCCCGCUUGGAGCCGAGGUCGCGCGAGAUGCCGUACCAGGACGCCGUUCUCGCCGACGCUUUCGCGGGCUCGCAAGCCGUGGUGGGCAGCUUCUGCGACGACUACUACCGGGGACCCUUCCACAAGGUCGACUGGGCCAUGUGCAACGACGGCAAGGCGGAGGCCGAGAAUUGGCGGGCGGUGAGGCCAGGGCAGGACAGACCACUGUGA